AUGGAAGACAUAGCAGUAUACUGCUCAUGGGCCGAUGUGCAACUGGGCGCAAACCACUCUUUUCUCACAGAACUUCCGACGGAAAUCCGAUCACUCAUUAUCAGGUCAACAGCGUCUCAGUAUCUACAGUCCCUUGCCGAUGUCGUUCGAGAUGCUCGAUACACAGACGCCCUCUUCCCGCUUUACAAACCUCUCUUGCCCGAGCUGCUCGCCAGGUGGUCGAGUCCCACUCGCACCACUGAUCUGAAGGACACUAUCACCACCAUUUCAUGUCUGGCUCGGAUUCUGCCCCUUGCUACGUAUCUGCGGCCUCAUGCCACGGAACUUCUUCGAUUGGGCCGCUUAAGGCAUCUUCUGACGGAUCUAGCAAGCGCUUCCUCUGAGCUCCAAGAUGAUGUCCAACAUUCACUUCUGCUCGCUGUUUUCCGCCUCCUCUCCCUUGACCGACGCAUGCUCGCCAGUAUCGUUACUCCUGUCUUUUUGUCGUCCUUUUUGCGUCAUCGCGCAUUGCCGGUCAGAUACUUGGCUGUCCAGUGUCUAUGUAUAAUCAUGCACUUUGCCGAUGCGUUCUCCGAGACAAUGGUCAAGACAUAUGUGGGUAACGAUGCCAUAUGGGGCGAGUGGGAGGGUCGGAGGAUUGAUUAUCGACUGCUGAAGCUUUGGGAAGAGAGGCGCUGGAAGAAUCUGGUCCGCGCACUGGCAAGCGUUGAGAAGUCCUGGCAAUCGUCCCCGCUGUCGCCAACGAAACCUCGCAACCUGCUUACUGAAAGUUUCUCACCGCGUGUCGUCGAUAUUGGUGGCGUUCUUCACUUGCCCUUGGACGACCACACUCCAAGUUCCUCUGCUUCCACUUUCGUUCUGACAGCCACGGCGAAGCACAAUUUACGGCGGCUCGGCGAGUGUCUGUUAGAUUCGAGACCAAUCCUCAUCUCGGGCCAGGCUAGUUCCGGAAAGACCUCCUUGGUUCACGAGGCGGCCAGGCUUCUAAAUCAGUCUUCAUCGAUGAUUACAUUACACCUCAACGAACAAUCUGACGCUAAGAGUCUAUUGGGAAUCCACACAUCUUCCGCCGAUGGCAAAUCUUUCACCUGGCAGCCCGGUGUUUUGACAAAGGCUAUGCAACAGGGACGAUGGGUUCUGAUUGAAGAUAUUGAUCGGGUACCUGGCGAGGUAAUGGGAGUGCUGCGUCCGAUCCUUGAGAAUGGCGACCUCUUCCUGCCUAGUCGUAAUGAAAAAAUAUGCCCGAAGGAUGGUUUUCGCAUGUUGGCAACUGUUGAAUCAACCGGGCAGACUUCUCUCAUUACAAAUUCUCGCCAGUCGUGGUUACUCAAUCCUCGACCCUGGAGCACUGUCGAAGCGGCCAACUAUCCGCCUGAAGAGAUUGAAGCGUUACUUUAUUCUCGAUAUCCUAAGGCUAGUGUUUUCAUUCCAACAAUUCUGCAGGUUCACAGAAAUCUUCUUCGACUCCAACAGGAACACCAUGCACUAAAAAGACUACAGACACGCAUGCCCUCCCUCAGAGACCUACUCAAUUUGCUGAGGAGGAUAGUUCGCAGAUUGGGACGUCACGGCGCCCUUUCAAAAUCGGACGCUUUCCCUGAACAGACAAAAUUCCACAUAUUCAAGGAUGCUGUCGAUUGCUAUGCAGGACACUUCGACAAGGAGGAACUCCAUGGACUGAUAGCCGAGAGUAUUGCUUCCGACAUGAACAUAUCGCCCCAGCAGAUGCGGUAUUGUCUCAAUGAAACUUUCGCAACGAUCUCUGAAGACAAAGAUAUGGUGCAGGUUGGGCGAAGCGCUCUUCCAAAAAUUACCAUUCGCCGUCGACAGGCUAGGAGAGCUCCCUUUGCAUUCACCAUUUCGGCUGCCAGAACGCUUGACCGUAUCGCCGCGUGCGCAGAUUGCUCAGAACCGUGCCUUUUGGUUGGUGAAACCGGCGUUGGAAAGACAACUCUGGUGCAACACGUUGCCAACCUCGUAGGCCAGACACUGACUGUUAUCAACCUUUCACAACAGAGCGAAGCUGGCGACCUUGUUGGGGGCCUAAAGCCUGUUACCAUUCGAUCUCUGAUUCUGCCAAUAGUCGAAAAGUUUAACACCUUGUUCGACGACACCUUCUCUGUGAAAAGGAAUGAGAAGUUCCAGAUAGCCCUUACUAAGGCAUUUGCCAAACAGAACUGGUCGAGACUAAUUAUUCUGUGGAAUGAAGCUAUCCAAAUGGCGGCGGCCUCUCUUAAUUCCACAGGAAAUCCUCAGACAAACGGAUCUGUCCAUGCAAACAAGAAGCGCAAGCUAGACACACCAAGAUACGAAGCCCUGCGCACGAGGUGGGCUGAUUUCUCUGAAAGUUCGAUGCAUAUUCGUGCUCUUGUGGAUCACGGUGGCAAGACGCACACCUUCACUUUCGUUGAAGGCAGGCUGGUGCAAGCAGUCCGAGAGGGCGGAUGGGUACUCUUUGAUGAAAUCAAUCUAGCUCCUUCAGACACUCUCGAUCAUAUCGUCAGCCUACUACACAAUGGAGAUGAACAGAAGCCGUCAUUACUUCUUACUGAAGCGGGCAACAUUGAGACCAUCGUUGCUCAUCCGAACUUUCGAGUCUUCGCUGCUAUGAACCCGGCCACGGAUGCAGGGAAGAAAGACCUCCCGCCUGCCUUGCGAUCACGAUUUACCGAGCUAUAUGUUCCCUCUGGUGAUAGUGAUCUGGAGGAUUUGACCAAAAUCAUUCGAACAUAUCUUGGAUCCCUCCUUGAUAAUGACAAACGAGCUGCCCUGGAUCUUGCGAACUCCUAUCUCGAGCUGAAGAAACUCAAUCAAGCACACCAGCUUACGGAUGGGGCAGGUGAAACGCCGCACUUCAGCAUUCGCUCCCUUGUUCGAUGUCUGUUAUAUGUCUCACAACACAGUGCCAGCCAUGGCCUGAGACGUGCCAUGUACGAGGGGUUUGCAAUGAGCUUCUUUACGGUAUUGAGCAGAGCAGCAGAAAAUUCAGCUUUACCCUUGCUUGAAAAGCACCUGCUCUCAAGUAUUAAGAAUCGGAAGGCAUUCUUCAGCCAGCAACCCAAAGUGCCGCAUAACGGAGAGGACUACAUUGCUUUUAGACAUCACAUUGUCAAGAAAGGUCCAGUGAUUCCUGACCUCCAACCGCACUAUAUCAGAACACCCUCUGUUGAACGCAAUCUGCUCAACUUGGCUCGCGCUGCCUCCAUGCAGCGUUUUCCAAUUCUGCUACAAGGUCCGACGUCAGCUGGAAAGACCAGCAUGGUGGAAUAUCUUGCAAAAUUGUCAGGCAACAAGUUUGUCAGGAUCAACAAUCAUGAGCACACAGACCUCCAGGAAUAUCUGGGCAGCUAUAUGUCAGAUACCGAUGGCAAACUCGUGUUCCGCGAAGGAGUCUUGGUGGAUGCGCUACGUCUUGGGCAUUGGAUCGUGCUCGACGAAUUAAAUCUGGCUCCGAGUGAUGUGCUCGAAGCCCUAAAUCGCUUGCUCGACGAUAAUAGAGAGCUCCUCAUUCCGGAGUCUCAGGAAAUCGUGCGACCACAUCCCGACUUCAUGCUCUUCGCCACGCAGAAUCCGGCUGGCCUAUAUGGGGGCCGGAAGCGGUUGUCUCGAGCUUUCAGAAAUCGCUUUCUCGAAAUCCACUUUGAUGAUAUUCCUGAAGAUGAGCUGGAAAUAAUACUACGAGAACGGACCCAGAUCGCUCCUUCGUUCUGCACCAAAAUUGUCGCCGUUUACCAGAAGCUGUCUCUUCUCAGGCAGUCUUCCCGAUUGUUCGAACAGCGUAACAGCUUUGCCACACUACGAGAUUUGUUUCGAUGGGCCUCAAGACCUGUGGAUGACUGGCAGCAGUUGGCGCGUCACGGCUUCAUGCUCUUGGCUGAGCGAGUAAGAGAACCCGGAGAGCGUGCUGUGGUCAAGAGAAUUAUUGAGGAGACUCUGAAGGUAGUCAUUGAUGAAAGUGUUCUGUAUGGCAUGUCGAAGAUCCCGAACACUAUCCAGCACCAAGGUUCGAUUGUCUGGACUCCUGCAAUGAGACGAGUUUUUGUUCUUGUGGCUGAAGCACUAAAGAAUAACGAACCGGUUCUCUUGGUCGGCGAAACGGGGUGUGGAAAGACUCAAAUCUGCCAGGUGAUUGCCGAAGCAACAGGCACUCCAAUCGAUAUCUACAACGCGCAUACAAAUACCGAGACUGGUGACCUUAUUGGAUCUCAGCGACCAAUUCGUAACCGAUCCGAGCUUGUCAACAAAGUACAAGCAAGCUGGCAAGCCUUGAUUCACUCCAGGGCUAGCAGUAUCUUGACUGAAGAUCUGGAUGUUGACGGGAUUGUGGAGGCUUUCAAAACUUUGGAUCGAUCGGGUUAUGAUCCAACACUGGUGGAGCAUCUCCGAUCUAGCAUUGGGGCAUAUGAGGCUCUGUUUAGUUGGAACGAUGGCAGCCUCGUCCGAGCCAUGAAAAGGGGCGAGUAUUUCUUGUUCGAUGAGAUUUCUCUGGCCGAAGAUUCUGUCCUUGAGCGUCUGAACAGCGUCCUGGAGCCGGCUCGGACAAUUCUACUUGCGGAAAAGGGCUCUGUCGACAAUCUCGUCGUCGCGCACCCAAGAUUUCAAUUCCUAGCCACGAUGAAUCCAGGAGGGGACUACGGGAAGAGGGAGCUGUCGGCAGCACUACGAAAUCGGCUGACUGAGAUUUGGGUGCCCCCCUUGUCAGAAGAAGCAGAUCUCUUGCCCAUUGUCCAGCAUAAGCUAAGAACAAGGAAGAGUGAUCUGGCCAAGAAGAUGCUCCGGUUUGCUGCCUGGUUCCGCACGGAGUUCCACAAUGCGGCAUCGAAGAGCAUUGCAUUGAGAGAUCUGUUGGCCUGGGCAGAGUUUGUCAAUCGUGCUGCGUCACUGGGUGAGGAGUCUGCUUUCGUGCACGGGGCGUUCAUGGUUUACAUCGACGCCAUCGGUGCAAACCCAGCCGGAAUGACUUCCAUGGGCGUAAGAGACUUGAAUUGGUCAAGGCAAAAGUGUCUUCAUCAGUUACAAGACCUGGUGAGUCUCGAUAUUUUAGAGAGCUACCAAAGAACUCCCGAGCUCUCGUCUUCCGAUGAGCGCCUCCUUGUUGGUCCCUUCUCUCUCCCUCGAAUCGAGAGUUUGGUGCCGCAGACGACUGAUCUGGUUUUCAACGCUCCAACUACCGCAAAAAAUACAAUGAGGAUCGUUCGCGCUCUGCAAAUGACAAGGCCCAUCCUGUUAGAGGGCAGCCCUGGUGUAGGCAAGACGGCAAUAGUGACUGCGCUUGCCCAAGCUUGUGGGAGAAAGUUCACUCGAAUCAAUCUGUCUGACCAAACCGACCUUAUGGAUUUGUUUGGGGCGGAUGCUCCCUCCGAAAACGAGGGAGUAGGGAAGUUUUCAUGGCAAGACGGACCUUUGCUGAAAGCCAUGCAAUCCGGCGGAUGGGUCCUGCUCGACGAAAUGAACCUGGCAUCUCAAUCUGUUUUAGAAGGGCUGAAUGCUUGCUUGGAUCACCGUCGGGAAGUGUAUAUUGCAGAGCUGGAUAAGUCUUUCCCCUGUCACCCAGAUUUCACCCUUUUUGCUGCCCAAAAUCCUCAUCAUCAAGGCGGAGGACGGAAAGGGCUGCCGGCUUCCUUCGUCAAUCGAUUCACAGUCGUCUACGCGGACUCUUUCCAGCGCGUUGACUUGGUUCGCAUUUGCGAGUCCAGGUUCCCAGAGGUUGAUGGCGACCAAAUCGAGAACGUGAUUAAUGCGGCUACGCGCCUGGAACAUGUUGUCGCUGAAAGCACAGCUUUUGCGCAUGGUGGACCUUGGGAAUUGAAUCUCCGCGAUGUCAACCGAUGGCUGCAAUUGUGCAAAGAGCAGCCAACUCUUCCCUCACCUUACCAUCUCCGUACUAUCGUGACGGAGCGUUUUCGCACCCCCAUUCAGAGAGACCAGAUCCUCAAGGCAGCCGAAUCGAGCUCCACUUCCACAGCGCCCGAAAGCUUUUACAACAACUUAAAUGAAACCCUUCUUCAGGUUGGCAACGCGUUUUUAAUCAGGGAUUCCGUUUUGCAAAACACCGAGGCGCCGCACACAACUCCCUCUGUGCGACAACUUCCCGCCUCAAAUUCUAUCAUUACAGCUGUCAAACAGAACUGGCCUGUGAUACUGGCUGGUCCUUCAGGUUCCGGAAAGACAACUCUCAUUCGAUAUCUUGCGGCAGCAGCAGGAGUGGAGCUCGUCGAGUUUUCAAUGAAUUCCGACGUGGAUACAAUAGACCUCUUGGGGGGUUUCGACCAAUACGAUGUCCGUCGCGACGUCAGCAAGGUCCGGAUCAAAGCACGAGAAGUUCUUCGAGAACAAAUAGCAGCGUCUUUGGGAACUAUAGCCAGUGAAACACGCCAGAUUCAACUGCUGAGGCUAUGGCAAUCGUUCGAAGACGAUGGGGUAGAAAUAUCUGAUCUUCGGGUAGCGAUCUCAGGUCUACUUUCUGUUUUCCCGGAAUUCCGAAGGAAAUUCGAAAUGAUUGCAACGAUACUUGAUCCAAGUGACCAGCAAAGCUUCCGGUUCGUCUGGAAUGAUGGCAUUCUCGUCGAUGCUGUGGAGAAGGGUUCGUGGUUGUUGCUCGAAAACGCCAAUUUGUGCAAUCCAUCUGUCUUGGACAGGCUGAAUUCAUUGCUCGAACCAGGUGGAUCACUUGUCAUCAGCGAGCAACAUAGCGGGAGCACCGGGACGAGAAUAAUCGAGCCGCAUCCGAAUUUCAGGAUAUUCCUGACGAUGGACCCGCGCUACGGAGAGCUCUCCAGGGCCAUGAGGAAUCGAUCACUCGAGAUCUUUAUUUCUGACAUUCACGGAAGCGCUGAUACGGCUCCUAUCCAGUAUCCGAUUGCUUCUGGCCUCCAUCGCUUGCGAGUUUUGACUGAGACUGUUGGCCAAAUUCAACAGGCUCACAGUAUUGAAGCUGCCGUCGACAACCUCAAUCUUGCGGACAUGACAUUGAUCUCACAGGCAGAUGUCACCUUACUUGGUACUGAAACUAAUGAUUUGCUGCAAAAGGAGAUCAACCACAGAAAUCUAUUCGAGGUGGAAAAUGUGUACCAAACCUUUCGUUCCUUGGAACAUUUUGCAGACCACCGCGUUCCACAAAUGAUUGUCCUCAACGAGCCACUGAUCUUGCUUGGAGCAGGUUACAAGAAUGCGUUCCUAAACUCUUCGUUUUCAGGACUAUUUACCAGGUAUUGGUACAUAACACGACGAUUGGCAGAAAUCAGUUCAAUCAUGAAGAACGCGUCAACUCGAGCCAAAUCACUUGCCAUCAAGGACCAAACAAUCCUGGAGCGAUCAAUUUCUGCUUCAAAGAGAGAGGCUCUUGGUACAGCACCAAACAUUGCAGCUUUUGGCAAGCUUAUGAUUUCCUCAAUGACCGAAGUCGUCCAAACAGAGCUCAGAGCAACGAGGAAUUUGAAUUUACCGGAGGGAAUAGAACGAAUCCUCAGUUUUACUCAGGAGCUACUCCUCCUCUGCGCCACGAAAACGACCGACAUGGCUUCUUCUCAGGCAUAUCUGCAAGUUGGAGCCGACUUGAUCCAUCUUGUUCAGCGAAAUUUUCCUGAGAUUGCCUCUCAGUUCUCGACGUGUCUGGAGGCAUUGGGGGCUUACAAAUCUGGACUAAAGACAGGAUUCGGGCUGCAACUCAUGUGGCCAACUUUCCGCCCCAAGACAGCACACACAUUGUCACAACUCAACUGUCAGCUUGCAUUGGAGGAUCUCAUCGGUACAUUUGAUCUUGCUUGUCGCUGCUUACCGCAGCCCCGAACCUCACUCUCAAGCCUGAGGCUUAGAUUACAAAAUGCAUAUGCGUCGGUUGUCGAGUCAGAGCAGCCUGAGAUCCUGAUAAUGGAUCUUCAGGCCGCCGUGUCUAGACUACAGGAGCAAUCGACGGAGGGCUUUUCCUUUGAAGGAAAGUUUGAAAACGUGAUUCGAUUCAUAUACCGGGCUCUCAGGUCGCAGAAGCGUACAACGAACGAAUCAGACCUGGGGAAUCUGGCGAUGUUUAUGGCCGCGUCUGAAAGACGACCACUUGCUUUUGGAUAUGAAAACUCUGUGCCCGGCUCACUGGCCCGCCUUGCAUCCCUGGAUGCUGAUAUUUUGGUGGACGAUGGCUCCAUUGGGCUGGAACUGAGUGGUCAGCUUGCUUCGUUCCAACAGCAGCCUCUCGGCACCCUGAACCACGCGAAAGAAGAACUACGAGAACUUACGAAAGUGUUGGCAUCACACACUUCCUCAUUGGGAAACCUCAUCUCUCCGCUGACCGAGGAUCUUCUCUCUAUCCUAGAAGGCUUUAUGUCUUCCUUCUGUACUUUUUUGACGCCGGAGGCAAGAGCAUGCUUUCCUGAAGGAGGUUCACCAGAUCUAUCUCGGCUAUCUACCAUGCCAAGCAAUGAUGUCUUUCUGAAAGGGCGCAGCGGCGAACCCUUUAGCGAAGUGUACAUCAGACUGAUCCACCCUGUUCUACUGCAAUUGCAAGCUGGGGGUAGAUUUGGUCCUCAGCAGCUCAAGCCAUGCCUUGCUGACCUGUCCCUUGCUGGCCUGGUUCUCAUGGUGCCAGAUAGGCCUAUGGACCCCGCAACAUACCCAAUGAUUGUGUACCAUCUUCAUGAAAGCCGGCGAGGGGAGCUGGCUUCCAGAAUCGAGGGGCAGAAGCAAUUUCACAGACACCUGAUGGGAACGGAAACAGCUCUCGUUAUCCGUAUUCUGCAACAAGAGCUCCUCGAAUUGGGUACUAUGCCUCAACCUCCGGCAGUGGUAAGACCAGGCAAAGAGGAACUCUACAAGCUCCAAGAGAUCUUCACAAGAAUUGUUAAUGCCAUGCCUAAGUACCAUGCCUCUCAAACGCUUCAAGGAGAAACUCCCAGCAGUGUCGAGUGGAUCGAGCAAUGGUCCAGCGAACAGGGAUUGUCAAAUCUCAGGACCAUCACUGAGCGACUGGAAAGCUCCCACCGAGCGUUCGACGACUUUGUGAAGCCGAUUCUAUGGUUUUUGAAAUGCCUAUAUCUUGCCUUGGAGCUUGAAAUUGGCGAGAAGAGGCGAAGCAGUCCACCUGCCACUCUUCGCGAGCUUAUCCUAGGCACUCCUCUACUGGCCGAUGACCCUGCCGGGGUUCAAUACUGGAAACCUCUUCAUUCCUCAUCCCCGAUGGUCAAAUUUCACUGGCUGGACUACAUUGGACUGAGAACUGCUCUGACAGGAAAGCGGAAUUCGCCGCUCAUCGAGGACUUCCUUGGAGUUAUUGACCGUUUUUACGGCGAAUGGAAAACUCGCUUGACCCAAGACCAGGCCGAUGCCGCAACGAGAUCUCGCUACUACACUUACCGUGGGGACACGCUUCAAGACGAAGAAGGAGAAAGUCGCGAAAUGAGAGAGCUGUUUCCAUGGUUCGAAGAUGAAGACGUGGGAACCGACGUGCAACAACAAGAAUUCGAUGCUCGUGCCAAUGCAGCACGACUCAGUAUGCUGCAUCAAAAGAUCUACACUAAAAGAGAUCCGCAGGAGGCCAUGAAGGCUUUCAUUCUGUCCACGUUGGAGUUAUUACCCAAGGCUGCCGGUGUUGGCAGAGGCACCGACAGUUCAUUUAUUUACCUUUUACCCGGCAUCUUCCUGCAGAUGGAAGCUAAAAUGAACGACUUCAGCACCGAUAAAACUGCCUUCCCCUUCAACAUAUACACCGACUGGGACACUAAGCAGUGCCAGAAGCUGUUGGACUUGGUGCACGAUAUUCAGUCGAGGUUCUUCAUCAUUCAAGAGAAGUGGCCCGAACAUGCUGUACCCGUAGAGGUCCUGUCAUUCUGCAGAGAAGUCCUCCAUUUGAGCUUCGGGGAUCCCAUCGCCAAGCUUCUGACCAAGACAGAGAAGCUGUUUGACAUUGUGUCACAAUGGCAGAACAUUGCCAGUAGGGAGUGGUCAGUCGGCCCCCUUGUUGAGCAGCUGUCGUCAUUGAUCAUUAGCUGGAGGCGUCUGGAGCUCUUGUCUUGGUCAAGGCUGCUGGAUGAAGAGAAGCGGAGGCACGAAGAGGACGCACAAGCCUGGUAUUUCAUUGCAUAUGAGGCUAUCGUCCACAACUCCAGGAACCUAGACACCAGUGACGGAGGCAGUCUUUCAUAUCAACGGCAUUUGGUUGAAAUAUUGCAGGAAUUUCUCAAGUCAGCCACAUUAGGUCAAUACUCGGCCCGAUUGCGACUGCUCGAUACGCUCAAAAAGACCAUGCAGGGCCUGGCGGAUACCCAUCAGAACCUCAAGACAAUUGCUGUCUGCGUCCAGGACGUCAUUGAUCAUUAUCGCCGGUAUGAGGGUGGUGUUGAGGCUGCGUUGCAUAGCGGUCGUGUUGGACUCGAGAAGGCUUUGAGCGAGCAGAUCAAACUCGCAAGCUGGAAGGAUACGAAUGUCGCGGCACUCCGUGAAAGCGCACGCCGAUCGCACCACAACUUGUUCAAAAUCGUUCGCAAGUAUCGUGAGCUCCUCAACCAGACUGUUGUAUGCACUGCGCCUGAAGAGUCAGAGCAGGGUCACCCGGCAAGCAAUGUGGAAGCCCUUUCCGCACCUCGCUACAACGAUGAACGAAUAGCAGCCGCACUACGACGAUGCCACCUGCUGAUCGAAGAUUGGAGCACACGGCCUGAGCGUCUUACUCAACCCCUAGGAGCAAUUAGAAGCAUGCAACAUGUGUACAGGGUAAAAGACCCCGACUUUCAUGCUCAUGUGGAGAUGGCCUCCUUCCGAGAAGACCUGCUUGAAGCAUCAAAGCAAUUGAGGACCCAGACUCCAUCAGCACUGACUGAAGAUAAUGCUUCAUUUGUCCGCCACCUGCAAGAGAGAAAAAGAAGACUGCUCGCCCAUACACUGAAGGCAGUAACAUACAUGGGAGUCAGAAGAAACCUCCCAACCUCUGAGCUUGAGAGGCAAUCAUCUUGUGCCGCUGUUCUAGCAUUGGUGGCGGACUCACCCGUGAGCCACCGCACACCCGCCGAGUCUGCUGCCAACAGCGUCUUCCACGAACUGCUUGAUGUCAUGCCCCAAGUCCGCGCAGCUCGGUCCGAUCAUUCUGACGACCUCACCGAAGGCGAAAUCAACCGCUCUGUUGGGCUGUUGGAAGGCUUGCUGUUCCUGACAAUCCGUCAACGUCAAGCAAGCCCGCAGCAAGCAUUCGAUAUGAAGGGAUUGAGCUCUCAAUUGUCAGUGCUCAGGUCCGUCGUGUCUUCUUCAUCGGGCCAGAUUAUGCAAUCCACUGUCGCCGCUCAUACCAUCGAUGUUAUGCAAGAGCGCCUCGCAUGGCUAGCAGAGAUCUUGAAAAUUGCCUGUCGCAUCUUAAAGUUCCAAGCCGACCAUGGAGGAUUCGACAUCAAAGGGUGCUUGGACUCACUGCACUCUUACGCAAGGCACAUCACAGACUUGAGACUCAAUCUCCUUGACCUGCCUGAUGCACCUUUGGGAAUGACAUGGGAGACCUCACUGGCUCUGACGCAGAGAAUUUCCGAACUCCUUUCUCAACUCAGGUCUUCACUGGUGGAUUGGCAGUCCAAGGAGCCUCGAAUUGAGUAUCUCAUGCGGCAAAUCAUUCCCUGGACCGAAACGAUCCCACCCCUAAUGGGCAGAACGCAAAGUCCCGAGUCGAGCUUCACUCUCCGAGAACUGGACCAGAAUCUCAAAAAGGUGGUAGAUCAAGUUUUUGUGAUAAUGCAACGACUACCUUCGCUCCAGCUAGAGAUGCCCACUUCAGACGAAGACCAAGGCUGGCUUUCGAAAUCGGACAAGCACAUCGUCGAGGCACUGCGUUCGCUAAGGAUGAGCACUAUUACCAGCCAACUGGAAAUGUCGGUGACACAAAAGCUUCAAUACCUGACUCCCGAGGACUUGGAAGCCGCCAAGGACUUGUUACUUGUGGCGAUGCCAGUUCUCGAUCAGUAUUACUACAUAUGCGAGCAUCUCCAUAAGCGGCACGUCGCCCUGUACUUUGAGACGUCCCGACUCGCCUUGCAAUUAGCCAAAUCUUUCACUAUCAUUGCAAAACAGGGUUUCUGUCGUCCCUCAGAGCCUGCAGAGGGCGAGGAGCAGACAGGCAAAUUAGAGUCAGGAACCGGGCUGGGUGAAGGAGAGGGCGCGGAGGAUAUCAGUAAGGAUGUUCAAGAUGAUGAAGACUUAUCUGAGCUUGCGCGCGAAGGACAGAAGGAAGAGAGAGACGGGGAGAUGGAGAAUACCGAAGAUGCGGUUGAUAUGGACCAUGAGGAUCUUGAAGGCGAAAUGGGUGACGCUGACGAAAGACUCUCAGACCAAGGCGACGAUAAAGACCAGUCUGGAGACGAAGAGCAGAACGCUAUCGACGAAGAGACAGGCACUGUUGACGACCUUGACCCUAAUGCUGUGGAUGAGAAACUUUGGGAUGACAUCAAGAAUGAGUCGGAGAAAGACAGGGAGAUGAAGAAUGACCAGGCAAAGGGAAAGAAAUCUGACGAGCAGACCGCAGCGGACGGGAACCGGGACGAAGGCGAUGAUCUGGGAGAUAUGGAAGAGCCAGCAGAGGAAAUGAAUGAAGACGGCGAAGAGCGAGACGAAGGAGGAGAGCGGCCUGAAGGCGAACAGAUGGACGAGCAUGUGGAGGAAGAGAAGGCUCUAGAUCUUCCGGAUGAACUGCAGUUGGCUGGCGAGGAUGAGAUCAAGGACGACGAUAUCUCAGACGAUGGCAUGGAUGAGUUGUCGGAUAUGGACAAUCCGAGGGAGGAAGUCGAAGGGGAUGGUUUUGAGGAGACCAGGGAGGCCGGAGAGCAGGAGAAGCCGUUUGAUGAAAGUGCCAGUGAGGAUGAGAUUGACACAGAAGAGGAGCAGGCUGAGAAUGGGACUGCCCAAGACAACGAGGUCAUGGAGGACCAACCCAUCGAAGCAGGCGACGACAAGGAAGAAGAUCAUGCUACCCGAGAAGACGAAACAGUUCAAGAUUUGGAAGAAACUGCCGGUGGAGAAUCUGGAGCCGCGAACGAGGUCCAGGAGAAUGUCGACGCCGAACAGGGUGUCGAGGGCAUGAACCAGACUGACAACGAACCGAACCCCCAACAAUCUCAACCUGGCAAGGCUUCCGAAGAACAAGACCAGGGAAAGACUGGCACUGGGACCUUUGAACGCGGCACUGGACGAGCAGAAAGCCUCGAAGACCAACAGAAUCAAUCUCUGAAGCAGUUGUCAGAUGUCCUUGAUCGAUGGCAUCAACGUCGCGAGAUCCUGCCAGCAUCUGGAGAGCAAGAUGCAGCGAACGAGCAGGGAGAUGUUGACAUGGCCGACGUCGACUUCGAGCAUGUCCAAGAUGAAUAUGACGGAGGAGAUGCUCAGGCACUUGGCGCUGCAUCAGCCGACCAGGCUCAAAAUCUUGACCCGAGCAAAGCCAUAGAAGAUGAAGAUGCGCCAAUGGACGAGGACACGGCAUAUCCUGACGUCCUGGAGCCGGAGGUGCAGGAAGAUAUCACGGAGAGAUUCAGCCGCCUCAAAGCGCAGGCAGCGCCAACGGGGGCCAGAGAUGCAGGGGCUUUUGUCCCCGAUCAUCAGUCCCAACAGAGGGAAUCCGACGGUCAGCAAGAUUCUGGCGACACAACGUCCGAUGACUUGGCGCCUGAUAUCGAACAGCUCGAGCUCAGCGGCGGCGACCAAGCACAACCGGCAGCUGCCCAUCCGACGAGCAGCGCCAACGCCGCUCAGCUUUGGCAGCAAUGCUCAGCCAGCACCCAUCAAUUUUCUCUUGUGCUGACGGAACAACUCCGGCUGAUUCUGUCGCCCACGACCGCCACAAAGCUCCGCGGCGACUACCGCACAGGCAAACGGCUCAAUAUCCGACGCAUCAUCCCAUACAUCGCGUCGAAUUACAAACGGGACAAGAUCUGGAUGCGGCGCUCGGUGCCCAGCAAGCGCAACUACCAGAUCAUGAUCGCGGUGGACGACAGCAAAUCUAUGAGCGAGUCGGGCGCGGACGUGCUCGCUUUCGAGACGCUGGCCCUCCUCACAAAGUCCCUGGCCAUGCUCGAGGUGGGAGAGAUCUGUGUCGUGGGGUUCGGAGAUUCUCCCACCAUCACGGUCGCCCAUCCCUUUGACCAGCCCUUCUCACCCGCCGAGUCCGGCCCACAUGUUUUUCGGAGCUUCAGCUUCGAGCAGCGCGGCACCGACGUCAAGAGCUUGCUCAAGCAGAGCAUCGCUCUGUUCCGUGACGCCAAGAGGAACAGCCGGCCCCAGCAAAGCCGCGGGGAAGAGCAGUGGCAGCUCCAACUGAUCGUCAGUGACGGGCACUGCUCAGACCACGAGGGGAUUGCGCGAUUGGUCAGGCAGGCACACGACGAGGAGCGCAUCGUGAUUGUCUUUGUCAUUGUCGACGCCGGGGACGAGAGUAUCCUCGAUCUCAAGGAGGCUGUCUUCGAGCCCGACCCCAAUCCUGCCGCGAGCCAAAGUCAUCACGCAGGGGCUGGAACGGGAACAGGAACAGGGGAAAUGCGCGUCCGCACAAAGAGAUACCUCGACGGCUUCCCCUUUCCUUACUACCUCGUCGUCCGCGACGUCAGGGAUCUGCCCGGCGUCCUGGCCACCGCGUUGAAGGGCUGGUUUGGGAGCGUCGUUGACGUCCAGGGUUGA